CCCGUUCGAAUGUGAAUCAUCACAGUGCUCCAGUUCCAAGAAACAGUAGCCAGUGCAAGAAACCUGUGCAAAACUUGCAUCCGUGGAUAUGCAAUCAACCAACACGGUGGUGAUGGAAAAUAAUCGCACCAAGUCGUCGGGCAGCAGCCAUCGGCUGAAUCCAAAUGAUUUUUACUUCGGAAAAAUGCUGGGCGAAGGAAGCUUCAGCUGCGUUUACCUGGCCAAAGAAGUACGAACAUCGAAGAAAUAUGCAAUAAAAGUAUGCGAAAAAAGGCUAAUAUUGCGUGAGAAGAAGCAAGAGUACGUGAAGCGGGAACGGGAGGUGCUGAAUCGACUUACCGGAAAGCCCGGAUUCCUCGGCCUGUACUGCACCUUUCAGGACCGUACCAAGCUGUAUUUCGUCAUGACUUACGCCUGCAAUGGCACAUUGCUUGCACUACUUUCACGACCCUCGUUCACGCUCGAGUGUGCCCGGUUUUAUGCGGCCGAGAUACUGCUCGCGCUGGAAACGAUGCACAAUCUGGGCAUCCUCCAUCGGGACAUUAAGCCGGAAAACAUCCUGCUCGAUGGGAAAAUGCACGUACUGAUGGCGGACUUUGGCUCCUCCAAGCUGGACUACAAAGAGGAGGACGAGCUGGGUGCGGGAAGCGAAGAAGAGGCGGACGAGGAAAAAAAGGAUGAACAGUCUCCACCACCGAGCUCCAUUUCCCGGAAGCUGGCCCGCCGGGUACUUGUCGGUAUGGUGGACGCGGACGAGGAUGAUACGGACGAUGGCGACGAUGGGCCACCGGCAGUCGGUCCGCCACGGCCGAACAAACGGCGCAGCUUCGUCGGUACGGCACAGUACGUUUCGCCCGAAAUCCUCACUGGAACACCGUCGUCCCCGGCGUCAGAUCUUUGGUCGUACGGCUGCACGAUCUACCAGAUGGUGUGCGGUGUAUCGCCGUUCCGCGGUGCGUCCGAGUAUCUGAUUUUCAAAAUGAUUCUCAGCUGUCAGGUGUCGUACGCGGACAGCUUCGAUCCGGUGGCGAAAGAUCUCGUGACACGUUUGCUGCAGCUGGAGCAGCGUAAACGGCUCGGUGCUUGCGAUAGUCCACGGUACUGCACGAUACGGAAACAUGCGUUCUUCGAUGGGAUCGAUUUCGAGCACGUGCGCCAACAGCCCGCACCGUUGCCAUCCACCACGGAAUCAGUAUUAAACAGUGACAGCAGCUCGCUCAACAGUGUCUACUUUCCCGAGGGCAUGCAGCCGGGUCUAGACGAUAGGCAGAUAUCGCGCCUAUUUGACUUUAAGCUUGCUGAGCUGAAGGAAAACGAAGACGUUCCGGACGAGGAAGAGACAGACGGAGGAGGGACGAGCGAUGCAAGCACUGGUCGUGGAGAGAAGGGAAGUGGAGGAGGGGAAAAAGGUGACACUAAUCGUACCGGAUCGUGCCGUACCACUACUACGAACGUCGCAAGUUUAACGCGCUCUGGACUAUCCUCACUUAAGUUCUUCAAAUCGGUUGAAGAUGUGAUGAAAAAUGACCCCGGACCGGUUAGUCAAUGGCAGCGGUUCACCGACGGUGAGGAGAUUCUUAAGUAUGGGUUCAUUUACAAACGUAAGGGCCUGUUUGCCCGACGCCGUAUGUUGCUGCUGACGAAGCGACCGCGCCUAAUCUACAUCGAUGCGGUCAAUAUGGUAAAAAAGGGCGAAAUUCCCUGGACGGCCGAUCUGUCGGUUGAGGCGAAAAACUUCAAAACCUUCCACGUGAACACGCCAAACCGAGUCUACUAUCUAGAAGAUCCGGAAGGAUUUGCCCUCAAGUGGUGCGAUACAAUUACCGAUGUUCAUCGAAAGGCUUUCCUAAACAGCGAGAAUAAUGAUAAUAAUGCCGUCAAUCCAAACGAAUGAGGGGAUCGUGUGUGUGUGUGUGA